AUGGAGGUAAUGAUACGGUGCCGUCCAUGUACCUUUCUCAGAUUCGGUUCUAAGCUACGAGUCGCCGUCGCUAUCCUCAAGGUUAUAUUGCUAGUGAUAUGGUUGGAAACUAGUAAUGCACAAUCCCAAGAAAACACACUUCAAGGGCAGGAUCCAGAAUGGUUGUCCGAGAGUGUUGCUUCACAUUCCUGCAUCCAUGACCAGAUACUUAAACAACGGAGGCGACCUGGUCGCAAAGUGUACACUGUUACCCCCCAGGUGUACGAGGGGUCUGGUAUAUCACAAGCCCUUCACCAAAAAGGUAGGGCAUUACUUGGAAUUUCCAAGUGCUCGGUACAGCAGAAGGAUGUAAAACAGCCUAUUAGAAUAUAUUUAAAUUAUGAUGCUGUUGGUCACUCGCCUGAUAGGGACUGUCGAAAUGUUGGUGAUAUUGUUAAGCUUGGGGAGCCUCCUGUGACGUAUUCUGUUAUUGGUUCUCCUUCUUGCAAUCCUCAUGGUGAUCCUCCAAUUUCUGGUGACUGCUGGUAUAACUGCACUUUGGAUGAUAUAGCUGGGAAGGACAAACGGCAGCGCCUUCGCAAGGCUCUAGGGCAGACAGCAGACUGGUUCAAGAGAGCCUUAGCUGUUGAACCUGUGAGGGGGAAUUUGCGGUUGAGUGGGUAUUCAGCAUGUGGCCAAGAUGGAGGUGUGCAGCUGCCACGUCAAUAUGUUGAAGAGGGCGUUGCUGAAGCAGACCUGGUUCUUCUCGUGACAACAAGACCUACCACUGGAAACACUCUUGCAUGGGCAGUGGCUUGUGAACGUGAUCAAUGGGGUCGUGCAAUUGCAGGACAUGUAAAUGUUGCUCCUCGUCAUUUGACAGCAGAAGCAGAAACUCUACUUUCUGCUACUCUCAUACAUGAGGUUAUGCAUGUUCUCGGUUUUGAUCCCCAUGCCUUUGCUCAUUUUAGGGAUGAGAGGAAAAGAAGGCGUAGUCAGGUUACAGAACAAAUCAUGGAUGAAAAGCUUGGGCGUAUGGUGACCCGUGUGGUGCUUCCACGUGUUGUCAUGCAUUCACGAUAUCAUUAUGCGGCAUUCUCUGAGAAUUUCACUGGUUUAGAGCUUGAAGAUGGGGGAGGACGCGGCACAUCAGGGUCACACUGGGAAAAAAGACUUCUAAUGAAUGAAAUUAUGACGGGUUCAGUGGACACAAGAUCCGUGGUUUCAAAAAUGACACUGGCGUUAUUAGAAGAUAGUGGAUGGUACCAGGCUAAUUAUAGUAUGGCAGACCAUCUUGAUUGGGGCCGCAACCAAGGAACUCAGUUUGUUACCUCCCCUUGCAAUCUCUGGAAGGGGGCAUAUCAUUGCAACACAACACAAUUGUCAGGAUGUACAUACAACAGAGAAGCAGAGGGUUACUGUCCAAUCGUAAGUUACAGUGGAGACCUACCCCAGUGGGCACGCUAUUUCCCACAGGCUAACAAAGGUGGGCAGUCCUCACUGGCUGAUUAUUGCACUUAUUUCGUUGCUUACUCUGAUGGAUCAUGUACUGACACUAACAGUGCACGACCACCUGACAGAAUGUUGGGUGAAGUACGAGGAAGUAACUCUAGGUGUAUGGCUUCAUCCUUGGUACGUACUGGGUUUGUACGGGGUUCUAUGACCCAAGGAAAUGGAUGCUAUCAGCACCGAUGUGUUAAUAAUUCAUUAGAGGUUGCUGUGGAUGGUAUGUGGAAAGUAUGUCCUGAAGCUGGUGGACCACUUCAGUUCCCAGGAUUUAAUGGUGAAUUGCUAUGCCCGGCAUACCAUGAACUCUGUAGUACAAGCCUAGUUCCUGGGACUGGGCAAUGUCCAAAAUCAUGUAAUUUCAAUGGAGAUUGUGUUGAAGGAAGGUGCCACUGUUUUCUAGGGUUUCAUGGUUCCGAUUGUAGUAAACGCACCUGCCCAAGCAACUGUAGUGGACGUGGAAAUUGCCUUUCUAAUGGGCUCUGUGAAUGUGGAAAUGGAUACACAGGCAUUGACUGCUCCACUGCUGUUUGUGAUGAGCAAUGCAGCCUUCAUGGAGGUGUCUGUGAUGAUGGAGUCUGUGAAUUCCGAUGCUCUGACUAUGCAGGCUACUCUUGCCAGAACAGCACCAUACUGCAAUCUAGUCUUAAAGUUUGUAAAGAUGUGCUGGAGAAUGUCAACUCUGGUGCUGGUCAGCAUUGUGCACCCAGUGAACCAAGUAUAUUACAGCAGCUAGAGGAUGUAGUGGUCAUGCCCAACUACCAUCGUUUGUUUCCUGGGGGUGCUAGGAAACUUUUUAGCAUCUUUGGCACCAGCUACUGUGAUAUGACUGCGAAGCAGCUGGCUUGCUGGAUCUCAAUUCAAAAGUGUGACAAGGACGGGGACAACAGGCUCCGCGUAUGCUAUUCGGCUUGUCAGUCGUAUAAUUCGGCAUGUGGAGCUUCACUGGAUUGCUCGGACCAAACCCUGUUCAGUAGUAAGGAUGAAGCAGAAGGUCAAUGCACAGGGUCUAGUGAGAUGAAAACAUCAUGGAUUAGCAGCAUAUAUAGUUUGUUUUCAAGUAAUAGUUCCUCAAAAGGGACGUCUGUAAAAAAUAGGCAGCUUUAG